AUGCUGUUGUGUAAUAGAAAAGUCCCCAAGACUUUAAAUACCUGUUUUAUACUGCAUAUAUUCACUCUGUUAACACUGGGUGUGUUAGUGUCCGGAAUGCCGUCAAAAAUGGUAUCAUUCGCCUCUCAGGAGACUUUGCAGAGAAUAAAUAAUCUCCUUCGAGGGUCUGCCAAUCGAGAUGUUGACAUUAUUGCAGAAUAUUUGAAAAAAGACGACGAUGAUGAUGGCGGCGAUAAGGAUCACCAUAACAUCGAUAUUGACCCUUUACCUCGCCGUCCUAGUUUAACGCCUGAUAGGCAACUUCUAAAAGUCGGUUUGCAUGGUGCUAUAAGUUCAGAUUUAGAAGUCUGUAGUAAUUUGACUAUAAAUGAGGUACUCCUGAAAUUUCCCGGUUCUAACGCUGCAGACGCUGCAGUAACACAAGCUCUUUGUAAGGGUAUGGUGAAUUUUUUUAAUAGUGGGAUUGGAGGUGGUGGCUACGUAGUUUUUUCUGGCAAAGACGAUGAAGAUCAUCUAUCCAUUGAUUUUAGAGAAAAAGCACCCAUGGAUUCACAUAAGUUCAUGUUCGAAAACUGCUCUCUAUGCUCAAAAAUAGGGGGUCUUGCUGUCGGUGUUCCAGGUGAAUUGAUGGGUCUCUAUCGCCUCUUUAAAGAAAGAGGUAGCGGCCAAGUUGAUUGGCGUGAUCUAAUUGAACCAGUCGCAAAGCUGGGAAGCGUGGGUUGGCAAAUAGGCGAAGCACUCGGUGCCACUUUAGAACUUUAUGAGGAUGUUUUCCUGACAUUGAAGGAAGAUUGGUCGUUUGUAUUGAAUUCUACCCAUGACGGUGUUUUGAAAGAAGGCGAUUGGAUCAAGAGGCCGGCACUAUCUAACAUGCUAAUGGAACUGGCUAAAAAUGGUUCCGUGGCCCCAUUUUAUGACCCCGAUCACUGGAUUGCAAAAUCCAUGAUUGAUACUGUCGCAAAAUACAAUGGAAUAAUGAACUUGCAGGAUGUUUCAUCGUAUGAUGUUCAUGUUACUAAACCACUGUCCAUGAAAAUUAGGAAGGGCGCCAAUUUCAUCCCUGAUAACGAUAUGACCGUAUUAACAAGUAGCGGCUCAAGUUCCGGGGCUGCACUACUUGCGGCGUUAAGGAUAAUGGAUAAUUUCCAGAAUCAAGAAGGGGGCGAUUAUGAAAAAGAAACUACCUAUCAUUUGCUUGAAAGCAUGAAAUGGAUGGCAAGCGCAAGAAGCAGGUUAGGCGAUUUUGAAGGCGAAGCAUUACCUAAGCAUAUAGAAGAGGUAUUGGAUCCAGAAUGGGCUUUGAAAGCAGUGAAAUCAAUCAAAAGAAACUCUCAAGACGGAAAUUUUAAAACUUUAGAAAACUGGACGCUUUAUGAUCCGGCAUACGAUAUCAAUAACCCGCAUGGAACUGCCCACUUCAGUAUAGUAGAUUCACAUGGGAAUGCUGUUUCCUUGACAACCACCAUCAACUUGUUGUUCGGUUCCUUAGUACACGACCCAAAAACCGGGGUGAUCUUCAAUAAUGAAAUGGACGAUUUCGCUCAAUUCAACAAAUCUAAUAGUUUUGAAUUGGCACCCUCCAUAUACAACUUUCCCGAGCCCGGGAAAAGACCCCUAUCAUCCACUGCACCCACUAUUGUGCUGUCAGAAUUAGGCAUCCCAGACCUCGUGGUCGGCGCUUCCGGCGGCUCAAGAAUCACUACGAGUGUUUUACAAACAAUUGUGAGGACGUACUGGUAUAACAUGCCUAUAUUGGAAACGAUAGCCUAUCCACGUAUACACCACCAGUUACUGCCCGACCGCAUAGAACUGGAAAGCUUCCCCAUGAUCGGUAAAGCCGUACUAAGCACUCUCAAGGAAAUGGGAUAUACGAUGAAAGAAGUAUUUCCCAAGAGCGUAGUUAAUGCUAUACGCAAUGUCAGGGGAGAAUGGCAUGCGGUGAGUGACUAUUGGAGAAAAAGAGGAAUCUCCUCCGUAUACUAA